UCCGAACACAGAAAACCGAACCCGAGAGAGCAUAUACGGAGAUGCCCAAUCCAUGAAUAUCAGCAAACAGGGACAGAACUCAGAAGAGCGAGUGAAUCGAAAGUCGAAAAUCAGCUCAAAGGAAACUUUUUUUGGAGUGAAGAAGACGAGAGAAAUGGAAAAAGGCAAAGCAGUGAUGGGAGUGGGUCGUCGAUGGGCCGUUGACUUCUCCGACUAUUCUUCUUCUCCUUCUUCCCGCGACUUCCCUGAUCCUCCCGGCUUCUCUCGCUCCUCUCUCGAUCAGGACGAUUCCGCUGUGAGUCGCCAAAAGAAGGAUGCCGAAGCUAAUUGGAAAGCCCAGAAAGCUUGGGAGGUGGCGCAGGCCCCUUUGAAAAAUUUGAUGAUGAUGGGGUUCAUGAUGUGGAUGGCUGGAAGUACAGUGCAUUUGUUUAGCAUUGGAAUUACUUUCUCUGCUCUUUGGCAGCCCAUAAGUGCAUUACAGGGCGUCGGAAAGGUUUUUGAGCCUUAUAAAGACAGCAAGGUAGAUCUCCUUGUCCCUAAGUUGCUAUUCAUUGCCCUUAAUUUGGUGGGUCUGGCACUAGGUGUUUGGAAGCUUAACACUUUGGGGUUGCUUCCUACGCAUGCGUCAGACUGGGUUUCAUCUUUACCUCCCGCUCCGGAGGUUGAGUAUUCCGGCGGUGGUAUUCCUCUGCGUUGAUAUUGAUUUAUUAUUUUGUUUGAACAUGGAUCAAUCUCUGGAGAGAACGAGUUAGACAUUACCAAAGCAGGAAAUAUAUGCAGGCUAUUGAGGCUGUUUAGUGGCUGAGCACAGCAUGGAAGAUGAACCAAAUUAGGUUAUUUUUUGAGUGACAAUAAUGAAACUUGUGGGGAUGAAGACUAGUUUUGUAGUGCAAUUGUUAUCUUUAUCUUACUCAUUCGAUAAUGAUGAAUUUUCUAUCUAUGACACGUUUUUAGCACGUUGAUGUU